GCCCUGCUGUCUUCCAUGUCCUCGCAACGAUCCAGCUCCAUGGAAUCCCAAGACAACGUCAGGAAGCGGGUUUGUAAAGCUUGCGAUCGGUGCCGUUUGAAGAAAUCAAAGUGUGAUGGUGCUAGCCCGUGCAGUCGGUGCAAAGCAGACAAUGCCAUUUGCGUCUUCGGCGAGCGGAAAAAAUCUCAAGACAAAGUGUAUCCCAAAGGAUACGUCGAGAUGCUUGAGCAACAACAAUCCCAGCUUGUUGCUGGUCUACGCGAAUUGUACAGACGGUUGCAGACCGGAGACAGCUGGCCUGGAGCACCACUUCGUGAAGCACACGGCGGCAGCCCAUUGACGCAUGAUAUCUUGGAACGUCUGGACCUUCUUCACUCUUCAGGCGAUGGUAGCGGCAACCAUGAAAACUUCGAGGAAGACUGCGGUCGCAUGCAGCAGAAAUUGGUUGAUGGGGGUGCCCCGUAUACUCGCCGAAGGUCUUCGGUCAGUUCUGAUUCGGACCAUGGCCACACACCGGCUUCAUCGUCAACUAGCGGAACACCAACAACGGCGAAGUCCAUGACCUUCAAUGAAGCGUUCGCUCGUAAUGUCGCACCACCGACCCCGCCUAUGCACAGCCCGUUCCCGAGGCAGUCUCAGCUUGUGCCCUCGGUCAAGCAAGAAACACCAAUGAUGAUGCCCGAUUUCAUGGAUACUGGAGCCUUGGAUCCGUCCUCACUCUCACGGACGAAUUGGACAUCCAACUCGAUGAUGAUGGAGGAGUCGCUUGACUUCAGUAAACCGAUGUAUGGCUUCGACACGUACGGAAACUUUGAUCAGAACGCGAUGUUGCUCGAUCCCAUUGUAGUAAACGAUCCCGCCAUGCCGGACUGGAACAACAACGCUGAUGUGGAUUUCAACAAUUUCAUCAACAACCAGGUGGUAACUUGA